AUGAGAGAUCAGGACGGCAAGGAUGGUGGCAAGAUAGAUUCUCCGCGGUCCUACUCCAGUCGACGCUUCGGAGACACUUCUUCCCACGGCAAGACGAACCCUUUCAACGCACUUUCUCCUGCCGCGACGAAAUCCCCUUCAGCAGGUGCCUCCUCGGCUUUCGGUCUGGGCAGUGGCGCAUUUGCUUCCUUUGGUUCGGCAAAGACGCCCAAGACUCCUGGGGCCGGCUCUGCCUUUGAUUUUUCAUCGCGCGAGAAGGUCGAAAGAAAAGAGAAGGAUUCAGACAUCCCAGCGGAGACGUCAGAAGCAGAGCCCUCACAAGAUUCUUCUUCACCGAGCAAGACUUCCUCAGAACAUCCACUUCGGAGUACAUGGAACCUCUUCUACCGACCUCCGGCCAACAAGUUCUCCGACUACGAGAAAUCGACGCAGAGGUUAGCGUCAAUUAGCUCGGUGGAGAGCUUCUGGACAAUUUACUCUCAUCUCAAACGCCCAUCUCUGCUACCCACUGUCUCGGAUUACCACAUCUUCAAAGACGGCAUCCGUCCGGUGUGGGAAGAUGAGGCCAACAAGAAGGGCGGGAAGUGGAUCGUAAGGCUCAAAAAGGGUGUGGCCGACCGCUACUGGGAGGACCUACUCCUAGCGAUCAUUGGCGACCAGUUUAUGGAGGCUGGAGAGGAAGUUUGCGGGGCCGUACUCAGCGUCAGAAGUGGCGAAGAUGUUCUGAGUGUGUGGACCAAGAACGAUGGUGGUCGGAACAUCAAGAUCAGAGAGACUAUCAAACGAGUACUCGCCUUCCCUCCCGACACCAACAUCGUGUGGAAGAGCCACGACGAUAGCAUCGCGCAACGGUCAGCGCUGGACGAGGCCAGACAGCAGAAGGUCAGUGGCACCCCAGGCCAUCCUGGUGUCCAGCGACGCUCAACUUUACGUGACGAUCCGGAGAGGAGUAAAGAAAAGGGGACAUAA